AUGUGAGUGUACGCAGGCGCGUGCCACACUCACUGACUGUCAAAGGUGUGGACACGGCGGGAGCGCGAGUGGGAACACAGUAGCCUGCUUUUGGAAAAGAGGUGGAUGCGUCCUCAAAAAAUAUAACAGCCGGAGGGGUGAACACACCAGCCAGUCCGUUUUUACAAAAGCAACAUGUGCACCAACGUGGCACUGCCGUCACCCUUUGAAGUGCUUGAUAUAUAAAGUCGUGAAGGUCUCGCGCCUUUCACCGUCACCUCAGAGCUGAAGUGAAGCGCGAGCCGCGCAGGUACAGCAGCAGAGCCGGAAGAACUCGCGUGACUGGUCGCGUUAGCGCAUCCGAGCUAAAAGAAAUUAUGACGGACUUGAGGAAAAAUAAACUCUUCGUCCUGGUGGACUUGCUGUGUGUUGUUGUAGUCUCUGGUACCCAUUCCCUUUCAAUGUAUCCAGACAUUCUGAUGAACAUUUACUUAAAUGUUCUGUGCAAGAAAGAAACUCUUCAGGGUUGGGAAUAACAUGAAGUGAUUGUGAAUGAGGGGGAGAGUGCUCUAAACAAAGAGGAAAACAUGGAUGAGGUGGAGACUAUAGGAGUGGCAAGCUCGUUUUUGUCUGUGAGAUGAGCAAGAGGACCACAAAAGGAUGUAAAUCAUCAGUCCUUCAACAUUUCGGCAGUCACCAACCUUAAUUAUCUUGGUCGCUUCGUCCACGGUGAAAGACGAUUCAGCGAUCCACAGCGCAAAGUUGAUGUAUUUACUCAGCGACCAGCACUGAUCAGCUCCAGGAAUGAUGAAGCGGAUAUCAUCCUGUUUUGGAAGGCCAAACAAAGUAGUUUCGCUUUCACAGUGAAACGCACAGCAUCUAUACAACAUGGCGGCAGCAACAACAAUACUACAACGAGAAUGAAAGCUUCUCUGCCCUUUGUGAUAAUGAAUAUUACGUCCCAGCCAUACAAGCGAGGCAUCUACUGCCAGGACGAGAGCAUUAGUUACCCUGUAAAACAAGACACCAUCACCAACGUGACACUGGCUGUAGUCACCAUCACCUGCACUAUCAUCAUCAUAUCGUCAGGUGAAGCAUAUCUGGUGUACAGCAAAAAAAUUCACUCCAACUCCACUUUUAAUCAAUAUGUGUCAGCCAUAUAUAAGGUGCUGGGUGCCUUCCUGUUUGGGGGAGCUGUCAGCCAAUCACUGACAGACUUGGCCAAGUACACCAUUGGGCGACCACGCCCAUAUUUCUUAACCGUUUGUGCUCCCAGAGUCUGCAAAGGAUACGUGGCCUCGAUCAACUGCACUGGCAUCCCAAGUGCAGUAACUGAAGCCCGGUUGUCCUUCUAUUCUGGUCACUCCUCCUUCGGGAUGUACUGCAUGCUGUUUCUAGCGUUCUAUGUUCAGGCCAGAUUGAAUGCAAAAUGGGCUCGUCUCCUGAGGCCCACUAUCCAGUUCUUCCUGGUGGCCUUUGCUGUGUAUGUAGGUUACACUCGUGUGUCCGAUUAUAAACACCACUGGAGCGAUGUGCUGGUGGGGCUCCUCCAGGGGGCGCUCAUUGCAAUUCUCACUGUGCGAUACGUUUCAAAUUCCUUCAAGGUUCGUACUUUUCCUCAGUGCUCAAGUCCAGAGACAGCGGAAAAUGAGGAGCGGAAACCAAGCUUACAUUCAAGUGAGGCAGAGCAGAAUAACCAUAUAGGCUUUUCUGGAACUGUGUGAAAGAAAUGAGGCCGAACACUACAUCUCCCACAAACCACUGGACUAAUGGGAGGGGGCGGAGCGAAACUGCACAUGCUCACAAUGGUCCUCCUUGGAAAAAAGCUUUACGAUCUCUUUCUUUCCUUUGAAUGAGAGAGAACUUUUUAUACAUAUUUAAUCAAUUUAUUUUAAUUCAAAUGAUUUGCAGAGGAUGUUGAGGGGCCAGAUUUUUUUUUUAAUAUAUAUAUAUUGAACCAGGUUUUAUAUAAAGUUAUGUACGGCAUGUAUAAUCUUAUUUGAAUUGUGAAUGUUAGUGUUGUGUAAAUAAUGGCUUGCUUUUCUCAUAUCAUUUGAAGAACCAAACUGAACUCAACAUUCUGUAGUUACAAAUUUCAGAAAUCACUUAAUGUUUCUGCAUUUCUAAUAUUAUGUGCCUAAGUAAUUAUAUCUGAACUGCAAAUAGUAAAUAAUCUUUUUUUUUUUUGUUCCCGUAUGUUUAAAAUUUAAACGUGAGAUACCACUACAGCAUCUGCAAGCCUGCUAUGCUUCUUUGUAUUUCAAAUUAUUGCAUUUUAAAAAAGCUGGAUUCAUUGAACUUUUGAAUUGUUUACAUUUGUCCUAAUUCCUAUUAAAUAUUUGUAAUAUUAA